GCAAAAUCUCCAGCUUGUAUUCGAGAGAGUAGAAAUGUGUUCGCUCUAUUAUGCCUUGCACUGUGAGAAUUCUAGCUCCCCAGCGCCCUCAGCAACACUGCUGCUGCUGCUGCUGCAGAUCUCUGAUGCUCUCUUGUUCCUGCAUAAUCGGGGUUAUAUCCACCGGGCUGUGACCUCCCAUGCGGUUCAGCUAGUGAGACCGGGACUUGCCAAGCUCAGCAAUCUUGAGUACAUGCAGCAGAGGGCUGCAAAAGUAAGUUUAACCUGGCCUAUCCCACCACCCCAGCCUCUCUAUAACUGGCUGCCCUUGGAAGUCAUUAGAGAGCGUUCAGCCUCCAUGAAUUCUGACCUCUACAGCUUCUGCACAGUGAUCCAGGAGAUCUUCACAGGAGAAGUUCCAUGGGAAGGAUUAGAUGGCCUCACUGUGAAGGAGAAAAUGGAGGCAGGGGAAUCUCUCUUAGUUGAUGCUCGUAUUCCUCAGCCAUUUUAUGAUGUGGUCAAAGGUGGCCUAGCCCUGAAGGAACGUGACCGGAGAGGUUCUUUCACAGACUUGCGAUAUGUGUUGCGGGCAACCAAACAGGACACCACAGGACAUUCUCCUCUGCUUUCAUCAACCACCUCUUCUCCCAAGAAACUCUGUAUGUGGGCUGGACAGACUGAGUCAGAUGAAUCAUCUCUCCCAGUCAUCCCUGAAGAGUCACCAUACUUUGAAGUGGAGUCCAGUGGCAGGAGUGCUGAGCAAAGCACACCCACUGUCCAGCCUGAGAGCCAGAUGCAGAAAGAUGUUGCUCCACAAGCAAAUAUCCCUUGCAAAACUUCCCUGGAAAAGCCCCAGGGAUCAACUUCAAACAGCACAUUGGAACCAGGGAGCAGUGAUGAAGAAUCUGGUGAAUCCGACAGGAGCCUGGUGUCUACAGACACGGGCCAGGGAGAUACCAUUGCCAAACAGGAGGCAGCGUUUGUGAACAGUCUGCAGGAUUCAGCCUGCCUCUUGGCAAAGGCCCAAAUCUCCUUAGAAAAUGUUGAGAAACAUUUUGCAUCUGGCAUCCACAUGUUAGAAUCAUUUGUCAGCCAGCAAGGUGCACCUGGUCGAAGCAGUCAGAGUGAAGGAGCCCUCCCUAAACGGCUGGUAGUGGGAAAGUGCAACGAUUAUGCCCAAAAUCGCUCUCUGCAGACCCUCAUUGAUAUAUCAGCCAAGGCUAGGGAAAAAAAACAGCGGAAUCCUGUCUCAGCAGAUAUUUUCCAAAGGCAGGAAAGCACCACAGAAGGGCCCUUCUAUUGCACACAGACGUUUGACCUCCUUCAGGAGAUCAUCCAAGAACUACAAGGAACAGGCGAUGCCCACACUGUGAGCCAGAGACAACAAGCAAGUGAAAAAGGAAAAGCACUUCUCUCAGGACAAAAGAAAGUAGCUCCAGUCCCCGCCACGGGGCAAGUGAUGGUUGCUACUUUGAAGGACCAAUGAGCGCUUAAUCACCAUGAUUCCCAUUGUUUGGAGACUGUAUUUAAAAGCAGCCAGUGCUCCCAUUCUGAAAUAAAAACACUGUCUCUUCAGUAAUUUAGCAAGCAGUAUGCACCCGAGAAUCCAUCCUCUCUGAUUCACAGCCUCUGAUGCUCUAACUCAAGAAAAACUAAGUGGUCUAAACAUAUUUGUUCUGCAAUGCCAGGUCUAUUUGCAAUUUUAAUAUACGCAAUAAUUGUGAUUUACAGAGUACUUGGGGAAGCAUGGCUCGGGGUCAGGUUCAUGGUGAAGUGUGGGGUGUGGUAAGAUGUUAGCCAUGGAUUAAGAUCAAAAGACUUUCCAAUCAUUUUCCUCAGAAACACGUGGUUUAACUCACAAUCUUUUGAGCUUGCUAUCUUUCCACCCAAAUUCAGACAAUUAUGCACAUUAACACAGCAGUGUACGUGUAUAUAAUCUUUAGUUCCUUGUUUUCAACAUGAAAUUGUGUGACAUCAGUGUCCAACAUUUUUAAAUGUUCAUAGUCAGCUAUGGGAGCCUGGGCGGACUGAGCAGAGCUAGGACAGCAUCAGGUAGGGAGAAGGCUUCAUCCUUUCCCCCCACACUGUUGUCCCAAUGAAAUCCCACCUGCAUUCAGCUGCUUUGAUCUCAUUAAUAAAUGGCAGUUGUUUCUUUACAGUCCUGGCUUGGACAGGGAUGAGCAAGAUGGUUAAACCUCAUUGCUUUCUUGGUCCCAGUCCUACUGUGAGGACCACCAUGGAUAUGUACACUUUUUAAAAAAUCGUGCAUGUUAACAGCUAUUACACAUUUAAUGUCACAUUUAGUUUGGGCCUAUGCCUAGUAAUAAGUCUUACUUGAAAAAGCAUCAUAAAUUAUCCUAGAAAACAGAAAGGUGUUAUCGUUUGCUUAUCC